AUGAAACACAAGGAAAAACAAAAAGAAGGAAUCAUCACAGAAGAUGAUGAAGAAGGAGAAGAUGAAGAAUUGAAUGGAAUCAAAUUGAUUGAAAAUUCUAAUAAGAGUGAAUUUAGUAAAGUGAUCAUUACAGUUUUACCUGAAUUUUAUAUUAAAUAUUGUCAUGACUUGAUUAAAUUAUUUGAAAUUUUAAGAAUACCUAAACUUUUAUAUUCCAAUCUUUAUCUUGAACUUUAUCUUUCUGGUUUCUUACUUGGUAUGAACAAUGAUCAAGAUGAAGAUGGUGAUGGUGAUAAGAUACUGGUAGAUGGGUCUAUUAAGAAACAAGUUCAUUUUUGCUAUCUCUUUGACGCGUUGCCUCGUCCCCAUGAUUUAUCUCAAAAGAAAGUGGGCGAGGACAAGGGAAAUAUGCGUCAGUUAAUGGUAGCAAAAGCAGCAGUAAAGUAG